UUCCCAGAACUCUGACAUUAAUUUACGCGCAGAUCUAGCCAAAAUCAUCUUUUGGAAGAUGAUUGAUGGUGUCCUGUAGAUCAUAGAUGUGCGAUACUUUUUUGAAAUUUUCAUCCCGGGGGUAGAAAAACUAUGUUUUUUAAAACAAAAAAUCACUGAUUCCAAAUCAAACCCUUGUAUACAUUUUACGCAGUACUUGGCUAAGCACCUUUUCGAAUUCGAAGAUAAUCAGUGAUGUCCUAUAUCGAUGUGCAAUAUAAGGUUUCGGAAUUUCCAUUGUUACCCUGGGGUUUGAAAAACGUUUUUCUAUAGAACUCUUCUGGCAUUUAUACAUUUUAUACAGUAGCCAAAUCAUCUUUUGGGAGACGAUUGUGUGGUUAUUUAGAUGUGCAAUAAAUGUUUGUCAUUUUUUUUUUUUUUUUUUUUUUACACCAGGGGGAAAAUAGGAUGGGAAAACGACAAACAAACACCUGGUGCUCAGUGCAUUGUGUCAUGUGUAACAUCUUCACAAGUCAAGGGUUAUUGAUUCGUAACACCUCGCACUCGUUAGUUCGAGGUAACGAAUCAAUAACCCUUUACUUGUGAAGAUGGUGUAACAAGAAUAUAUUUACUUUGAACUCUCAAACAUUUUAAAGAUAUUUGAACAAUCAAAAAAAUCAUGGGGGUUGAGAUGACCCCAGGGCACUUGUCAUUCAGUAUCUUGAUAUGUGCAGCAGGAUCAUAUUUACUGUAGAUUCCUUAUUUUACGCGAGUACUUAUUAUCGCAAAAUGACUCAUGGAUGUCAAAUCGCGAGAAAAUAAAUUCGCGAGUACUCUGUUGAUUUUAAAAGUGUUUCUGCAUGUAUUUUAGCAAUAUAAAAAUAAAAGCGAGAAAUAUUUUUUCGCGAGUGAUGUUCCUCGCGAAAUUACGCGAUAAUGAAUUUCUCGCAUAUAUUUAGGAAUUUACAGUAUAUGGUUAAGGGGUCAUCACCUAGAUUGGUUUAAAUAUAUUUCAUCAAUUAUAAAGAGGCCAAUAUCUUGACAUAUACAGCAAGAAUAUAUAUAGAGAGUAGAGUAUAUUCAUGGUAAACACUUCGUGCAGGUAUUAAUUACUAACUUGUGACAGCAUCUAGUCUAUACUUCUAAAAAUUGCAGUCAUUAGCUUAAAUAAAUUUCAAUGAGGAUAGGAAUUUAAAAUAACUGAAACACUAAAAUUCACACCGGAUACUUUAUGAAGCGCACUAGCUAAUGCGGAUGUAUGUGAAGCGUUGCAGUUCAUAUUUGCAAAAAUGACAUUUAUUUUUAAUAUUUAAAUUUCUCUUUCAUUUCUGUUGGGAUUCCCAUCUGUUAAAAGAGACGUACUACAUUUAUCAAAAUUCAAACAGCAUAUAUCGCCUCAAAACUGCAGUGCAUUCAUAUAAAUAAGUAGGACUAACACAAAAAGUGUUAAAAAUGAAAAUAAUAUUUAACAAUAAACAACUGUAGGCCUAUGAGGAAAAUGUUUUAUUACUAAUUUGUUAUACUGACAUAUUACUAAUUUGUUAUACUGACAUAUUACUAAUUUGUUAUAACAUAUCUAGAUUGAUGAUUUAUUAAAACAAAUUGAUAAUUACACUAUAUACACUUAUAACAGCUUAUCAAUCUCUUAGAAUAUAUAUAUUUUUAAAUAUUUGAUGUUCAUCUAAAAAAGAUACUGUGGGACCACAGGCACUUGUUUCUGUAAAUGACUUAUGACCUCUGUAUACUAAUAACGUGUUGCUAUUAGUAUACAGAGGUCAUAAGUCAUUUACAGAAACAAUUAAUAUAAGCGCCUGUGUGUGGAACCCUAAUAUGCUUCCGUAAUAUUUGGCAUUUGUUUUGAAUCUUAUAAUAUUGACAUACCUGUUAAAAGUUGGUAAUAAAAGAAAUGUUGAUUCUCAAAACAAACAAAAUUUAAAAAAAAUUCGGCAAGCUCGGGAAAGAUGCCAGAAACGAUUGGCCCGUUUCCCGUUUCUCGUUUUGUUUAUAAAGCUAAUCAUGUGACUAGGUGUGUGAUCAUGUGACGAAGCAGUAUACUAGUGAAAAAAUGUUAAGAACGUUGCACGUUUUAUUUGUUUUGGUGUUUUUGGCAUGUUCAGUGCGAGGUAAAAGUGCACGACCACACAUUUUGUUUAUCCUAGCGGAUGAUUUUGGUUACAACGACAUCGGGUAUCAUGGAUCCGAGAUAAAAACACCCAACUUGGAUAAACUCGCGGGGGAAGGUAUCAAGUUGGAGAAUUACUACGUACAGCCGAUAUGUACUCCGACACGGAGCCAACUGAUGUCUGGGCGCUAUCAGAUACAUACAGGUCUUCAGCAUGGUAUAAUUUGGCCGUCCCAGCCAAAUGGAUUACCCCUAGACAGUCCAUUACUGCCACAGAAAAUGAAAGAAGCUGGAUAUUCAACACAUGCUGUGGGAAAAUGGCACUUAGGUUUUUACAAGAAGGAGUACUUGCCCACAAGCAGAGGAUUUGAUUCUUAUUUUGGAUAUUUGACUGGCAGUGAGGAUUAUUACUCCCAUCAUCGUUGUUACGGCAGGAUGUGUGGAACAGAUCUACGAGAUGAUACUGCACCGGCUAACUUCUCUGGGGUGUAUUCCACACACUUGUUUACACAGAGAGCAGCUGACAUUGUUAAAAAACACAACACUGAUCAGCCUCUCUUCCUCUACCUACCAUUCCAAUCAGUCCAUGCCCCAUUACAAGUACCAGAGAAGUACAUACAGCCAUACCUGCAUAUAAAAGAUAAACAUCGGAGAACUUAUGCUGGAAUGGUUUCUGCUAUGGAUGACGCCAUUGGAAAUCUGACUGAAGUUUUCAAACAGAAAGGAAUGUGGGAUAAUACUCUGCUGGUGUUUUCAACAGAUAAUGGAGGUCAAAUCCAUGAAGGUGGAAACAAUUAUCCUCUAAGAGGAUGGAAAGCUUCUCUGUGGGAGGGAGGAAUGCAUGGAGUAGGGUUUGUUCAUGGUCAGAUGUUGAAGAGAAAGGGGGUUGUUUCAAAAGAUCUAAUGCAUGUCACCGACUGGUUUCCAACUCUUGUAUCAUUGGCUGGUGGUAAUUUGAAUGGAACAAAACCACUGGAUGGUGUUGAUCAAUGGAAAACUCUAAGUGAAGGGUUGGCAGUGAAUCCAAGGAAAACCAUUCUACACAACAUUGACCCCCGCUUUAGACCAGUAGGACUAAAGCUGCCCAAUAGCCCAUUUGAUAAUAGGAUACGAGCAGCUUUAAGAAUGGGUGACUGGAAGCUGAUAACUGGCAAUCCGGGAAAUGGUAGUUGGGUUCCACCACCCUAUAUGAAUUCAUGGCAUUUGGAAGCAGAAAAUCCCUCUUCUAAAAAAAACAUUUGGUUGUUUAACAUUACUGCUGACCCUUAUGAACAUAACGACGUGUCCAACACCAUGCCACAUGUCGUGAUGCAGAUGCUUGGUCUCCUUGCUGAAUACAACGAUACUGCAGUGCCGUGCAGGUUUCCACCAGAGGAUCCCAAGGCUGAUCCAAAAUAUCAUGGAGGAUAUUGGGGACCUUGGCAGUAGUGAAAAUGUGGAGUUAGGCUUAAUUUACUAUGGUUGUCUAUCACAGAGGUUUUUUUUUUUCUUUUCUAACUGAUCAAGAGGGCGAAAUAUUUUGAAAGAAUUUACCAAGCAUGACCGAUAGAUUAUUAUGAAAAAGUUAGAAAAACUUUAUUUUUUGCUUUUAUUUCAUUGUUGCAGGUAAAUUAUAAGGCCAUUGGUCAUGAUUUUGUGCUGCUUUUCUAUUAAUUUGAUAAUUAGCUAUACACCUGUAGGGUAGAGAUUAUUCCCAGAAUUUGAUUCCAUUUUAUUGUCCCCCUGUUGGUUCUUGGUGUAUUAGUUAUAUGUCCCUGCAAGAUGUGGUCCUUCAACCAUUUAUAAGAGUAAAAUAAUGUUAGUGUGUGAAUUAAAACAGUUUAUUUUAGACAUGAACUCUAGUCAAGUUUAAAGGGCUAGCUGCAAUUUUAUAUUUUUACUCAGUAUGCAUUUAUUUUUCAUUUAUAUACCCCCCCCCCUCCCCCAGUUGUUUACUUUAAUGCAGACAUUUUCAAGAUACAUGUACCUCUCAAUUUUACAUAUGAAAAGCUGUUUUAGGAAGAACUUGUAUGGAUUGAUUGGAAAUCUCUUAUAUUCAGUGAAAUGUUGUUUGUUAGUCUCAUAGAGAUCAUAAUACAUAUACUGCCCAUCAUUGAAAGCAUAAUCUUAAAGACUUUGUUAAAUUUUGUUGCUUUUAACUCCUUUGUGUAUUCUAUUAUUUCUUUGAGAUCUGUGAACAUUCCAUUUAUAUACAACUGAACGAUGUUAAUUGUUUCUUUUACAUAACUGUCGUUUAUAGAUAUAUAAAUAUGUAGUUAAUUGUGAGGGUCCAGCCAUUUGACCUCGUAUGCAAGCUUUAGAAUGUGACAUGUUAUUGUACUAAAGGAAAGGUAUGUACACAAAUAUGCAUGCGUAUACAUUUAUAUGGUUAUUCUUUUAUUAUUAAAGUAUAUUCUCUUUAGAUAAAGACUAUGUUAAAAUUUCUAUUUGAUAUGUUUAUUUUAGAAAAAAAAGUAUUCAAAUGAUUCUAAGAUGUAUGAUUUUUUUUUUAAUGGAAAACGCAUAUUAUGUAGAGCAACUUUGUAGAAUAGCUACAGUUUCUUAUUGCAAAGAUGUGUUAUGGGUAGGAAAUUGAAUUUUGUUCUCUCAAAGUUGCUCAACCUUUUAAAAAUAAAAACAAGUAUUUAGAAUUA